AUGACGAUGCCGAUGACGACGCUCGCGAGCGCGUCGCGAUCGCGACCCGGAACGACGACGACGACGACGACGACGACGGCGCGCGGUGGACGAAUGCGCGCCUCGAGCCGCCACUCGAGUCGUCGAGGCGACCGCGUCGUCGGACGCGUCGCCGAGGGUGGGAAGAGCGAACGCGGACGCAUGAAAGAUGAAGAAGAGUACGCGAAAUUCGUCGAAGAGGCGCGAACGUGGACGGCGUACGAUCCGGAAGCCGUGGGUGGGGAGAACGCGACGCCGCCGUGGGAAAAGGAAUUGCAAGACGCCAUGCGCGAGGGACCGUGGCCGUGCUGGGACGCGGACAUUCCCGAGAGUGAUUUCGUGGAUGAACCUCGAUUCAUGUCGUUCACGAAACCUCCGGAGAAGUACGACCCGUUCAAGGAGAAGAUCGUGAAUUACAAGGCCAAGGUGAAGGAGGAACAAAAGAGGGCGGUGGCGAAGACGCGGGAGGAGGUGAAGUCGCAGCGCUUCAUGUCCAUGGCGGGUGACAUACGGUUGAAGAAUAAGUACGAAGACGACGAAUCGGCGUGGGAUCACGAGAAAAUCGUGGAACUGAUUAAUUUUCCCGAUGACAUCAGACACAAGAUGAUGAGCGUGAGCGUGGAGGUGUACGACCCUCGGUUUCCGUACGACUUCACGGGGAUGGGCGCGCCUCCUUUGACGACGGAGGAGUUUUUAGAAUCCAUCGGUCGCUUGCAACCGGAUGGUGAGUCCGAUCUCGACCGCGUCGCGAAGUUGGCGGAAAAAUACGGCUCAAAGGUACCGGAACUCGCCGAGGAAGAUCCCGCUGCCAUCUUGCAGACGCGCUCGACGUUUGAAUUACAGAACGCGAUGGACAUCGGGGAUGAAGGCGGCGUCGAAAUCAGUAAAACGGAGAUUUCAGACCUCGUGGACAGCGAUGACGAACUUCCUUAG